AGAAUAGCAGUAAGCUGUAGCAGUUCAUCACGGUCACACACUGUAAGUGAUUUUAGCUCGUAAAAGGUGCUGGGUUGGCUGGCAGAGGCAGGGCAGAGCUUUCACUGGUAUGUAAUGUACUGCUGUGACAGCAGGGCCAUGCUGGGUUUGAAAGUAGCUGGCUUUUGGAGCUGUGGCCUUGUGGAUUUCUCUGCUCCUGCUGAGCCUCUUAAGAAUCAAAGCACUGCUCCUCUGGGCGUGCUGCUUCAUUUUCAAAAAUGGGAUUAAGGGCACAGCAGUAUUCUUACAUCCUGUAUGGGCUGGGAGCUGUUGCUACAAGCGGAGCAAGUACCAUCCUGGACUGUAUGGAAAUCUCUGCGGGCUCUGUCUGCUGUUACUGGUCUUACUGGAUUUUUGGGGCUGUGAACCAGAUGUUGCUGCUUUCCAGGGCUCUGAUGCUCCUCCCUCUGCAGCCAGCCUUCCCUUGCAGGGAGUCUCUGAGUGCUGGAAUGGGAAGAUGUUACCCAAAAGCCUCUGAUUGUUGCUGGUGGGUGAGCCCUGCUGCCCCCUCCUCUAACAGCUUGGGAUCCCCCAUGCAGAGGGCUGAGCAUUAGCCUGUUAAGCAUCCUCCUGCACAUUUCUCUCCAAUGUCUGAAUGCUGUAUGAUCUAGCCCAGCUUCUUUGGAGUUGCUGGGUUGCUGGUGUGCUCCUGGGGCUGAACCAGAUGUAAAUGGUGCCCUGAAGGCUGGGGAGGUGGUGGUGACCUGCUGGUUUCACAUGCCCUGGGAAACCUUAGAAAUUAAGGUGAGGAAACACUAUUACUUAUACAUGGCACAAGAGUCUAAAGUCACUUGCAUGUUUUAAUUAAGCAAAGCAAGGGAUUGUUGUGCAGGCUGGGAGUGGGAAUAGCUCAAACUGGGAACGCUAUAGAUGACCUUGUUGCUCUAUUUGUUGUCCCACCAGAAAGCAAAGACUGAGCUGUUUGUUGGGUGUCAGUGCACUUGCAUAGUUUGUUGUUUCCUGCAUAUCCUGAUGCUGCACAUAGGCAGAUCCCCACCUGGCUGAGAGCUGUGUGCUUCGAUCUGUAUGCCAGUGCAGUCAUUGCAAAAGAGAAAGGGAUUGAAACUGUGAUUCUUUUCAGUUAAAGAGAUUAAUUAAAGGAGAGAGUUGCCUUUCUGACUAGUUGUAAGAGCAGUGAUUUUGAACAGAGGUGAAAGCUGAAUUCGUCUUCAUAAAAUGAAGAAAACAAAACCUACACAGUUAAAAUGUACCCAGCACGUGGAAAAAUAAUGUGCAGAAAUGCCCCAUGACAGGUAGGAUGUGUAAGGCUGCAUCCCAGCUCCAAUAACUCAAGCUCUGCUUUAUCUUCCUGGUUCUGCAGAGCACAGAGCCCGCAGGCUGUCUGUCCUGUUUCCUCAGGCAAGGCUUGGCUGUGAGAUCCCUGCUCUGCCGUGCUGAGGUUGUGAACUCCUCUUGUUUGUAUUUUUUACUUUGUUUUCUUUUAAACAGAGCUUUCUUCAGAGCCACCCAAUCGCAGCUGCUGCUCGAGCUGCGUUGUGAUGGCAGGUGUUGCUCUGUGCUUGUGUUUAGGUUCUGCCCCUUGGAAGGAUGCCUGCAUUUCAAAAUUACUUUUUUUUCCUCUCUCUCUUGUGCAAUGUCUCACUGAGCAGACGUGCUCAGGUGCACUUUGGACUGUGGACAGCACAAACAUGACUUUUACUCUCUGCCUUGCUGUACCUGUGUCCUGUGAAUCCUUUAUGGUAUCGCUGUGCUUUCAGUCCUUACUGGGGCCUGUGCUGUAAAUCCGAGAGCAGUGUCCCAAGAAGAGGUCGUUAGAGGAUUGCAGUGUAGUUAGCAGGGCAGCUUGGGCAGCGCUGAGUUUCGUUUCCUUUUUGGUCAGGGUCUGAGGAGCAGUCUAUGCAAAGUGCUGGCUAUUCUUACACACUGUUAGGGAAGAGGGACUCAUAUCAAAUGUCACAAACUGUCCAGAGCACCUGCCCUAUGUAUGGAGAGGGGCAGGAGGUGGAAGUACUGGAACAAACUGCUGCUGCUUCUCUCUGAUCACUGGGUCUCAAAGUAUUUGAGGCAGUCUGAGAUGCUUUGCCUCUAUAAUAAGCAGAGCAGGUGAAGUGUGGAGAAGCUGAGUGACCCAAAAGAUCAGCCAGCAACCCACUGCAUCACUGCAAGAGGAGCCAUGGCCUGGGUGAUACUCUCCUUUAAGUCACUCUGUUCCCAAAUGAGUUUCCAGGUUUAUCUGGGUGCCUGAAGCACAAAGCAGUUGCAGAAGGGCUGUGGUUGGUGAAGAGCAGAUGGUGCUGCCCAGUGAUGUGCAGUGCCUGACCUGCAGGCUGAGCUUGCAGGUGGCAAACAGGAGCUGCAGGUGGUGAGUUGGAGCUGCAUCUGCUGUGAGACUGGGCGAGGAGGAGGAGGAGGAGGAGGAAGGUUGCCUCCCUGCAGUGCCUCCCAUACACAGCUUGCACCUCUCAGGCAUUUUAGCCAGGUAAAGUAUGCUGGGGUGGGGUGCUGGAGGAUAUGGCUGACUUGCUUUGCAUUUUUUAAAGUGGGCAGAGGAAGAACCAGUGUUAGAAUUGCAAGUAGUGCACUGAGGCCUCUGCAGCCUCUGGGAUUUGAAAUGAAACCAUGCAACAUAACAAUGUUUGUGAGUCCCUUGUAGCAGGGGGGUAGGUUCAUCACAGACACACCCUGGGGAGGCCCUCUAUCACAGCAGCUCCUCCCACUUCUCCCAAUAAGCUUUUUUACUUCCCAGACACAGGCUCCAGAAUUCAUCCAGGCCAGCUGUUCCAAAGGUUCAUCCGUAGGGCACCAAGGUCUGUGUGAAGCUCAGGGUCUUUCUUCUGUGCCCAACUGCUCUCCGGUUGCUGCUUGCAAAAGCUUGUGGAUGGCUGCCUUAGAUUAGGUGUUGGUUUCAGAUUUAUUGAUGCCCAUUUGAUGCCCAUUUGAGCCCUUGAUAUUUUUAAGCUAGUGUAGCAGACCUUCCACUCCUGCUCACUUCCCAGUAAAAGUCCAUGCAUCUCGGGCCCUUGGCGUGCAGCUGUACUGCCCUGAGCCUGCCAGCUCACUUCAGCUGCUCUCCUGUCCAUGGCAUUUACAUGGCCUCAGACCAGAAGGGGCUUUUGUGGGUUGUGAAAGUAAGCCGACAAGUAGCAACAGAUGGUAACAUUAUCAGUUUUACAGUCAUGUCUGCACCUGGUCACCCCAGUGUUAGUGAUUUUCAAAGGAGAAAUGCAUCUGGAAAGGUGACUGAGGGGCACGUUCAGUCCUGACCACUCUCCCACAGGCAGACUGAGCUCCUGAGAAGUGAAAAUUAUUCAGCUCCACUUAUUUACCACUUAAUGCAAUAGUCCACAGAUCGAGCUGUUACCCCAGCUGCUUUUCCUAAUAUCCUGGUGCGUGUUGGGCUGUUGGGACACAUGGGGCCUUUUCUGGGGGUCAGACCCUGCCCCCAGGAGUCUCCCUAGCCCACAGCUUUGCUUGGGGCAUGCAGGGGCAAUAGGUCAAUGUCCUAAUGACUGCACAAACAGCACUUCUUCCCCCUUGCAGGAGCGGGCUGUGAGCAAUGCUAGCCAUACCAAAUUCCUCCUCUGGAAGUCAGCCCAUCCUCCCUGUGGCAUCAAUUGGCCACGGACAUCCUCAGCCUCCUCCUGGGGCAGCUCCUGCUGCUCCUCUGGGGUGGAUCAGAGCCGUGCACGGGGGCAUGUGCUCUCCUUUACAAGGUGGGGCAUGCAAUUAUCUGUUGCCAGGAGAGAGGAGGUCAUGCUGGGAGUGAAGCUGUUUCAUCAGAGCUGGCUGUGAUCUGAAAAAUCACUUUGGAGGAGGAGCGGUUCUCCCGCUGUUUGACCUUUGAGGACUUCCUCAAAUUCUUCUCUCCCACCACAAGGACUGGAAGCAUCCCAUGUGCAGAUCCAAACCUGAAGCCCUCGUGUAACCACAGUCAGCAUUGGGGCUGUAAGAAAAACAGCCUGAUGGAUGGGGUAAACCACUUAAGCUGAAGUGACAAAGCUUCACUGCCUCACCCAAGGAAGCAGGAGCUGCCCAGCAUCCCAGUGCCAGGAUGGGCCCCUCAAACCAUCCCCUUUUGUAUCUGCAAAGGAAUUGGGGUUGUUGGUUAAUAGUUCAGCAGUCGGAGUGAGUUAUAUGUGCCCCCCCAGUGCAGCCUGUCUGUCUGUGUGUGUCUGUCUGUCCGUCCCUCUCACAGAGCAGGGGAAGUUGCAGGCGCCUGCUGGAAGUGCCUCACAGGAACAUCCACAUCCGCCACACAAAGGUGAACUGAAGGCUGCUCUACUCAUGGCUGUCCUUACCGGAACGGCAGGCUGGGUUCCAGCUCACAAAAUAAAUGUGUUUUGAGAAACAGUGAUUGCUGUUGCCUGGCAUUAACAAUAGGGUCCGCUCCUCCCCAAGGUGGCAGUCUGUGCUCUGUGUGGGAGGGCAGCAGAUCCCUGCCCUGUCAUGGGUUUCUCAGCCUUUUCCCCCUGUCCUUUUCCUCAUCUUCCUCUGGAGCAUUGUUUGCUUUGUUUUGGCUGCAUCUUGCGUGGGGAAUGAGUGCUGCACAGUGGGGUCCUCCUCCUUGGAUUGGUCCUGCCUCACUUUCAGUGGGGUUUCGCCUGUGCCAGCAGAGCUUGGACAGGCCCUGGUGCAUGGGGUGUUGCUAUGGCCUCAGCUCCAGCCUUGUAUCCCCAGCACUGGGGUACAGCCCUGGCUGCAGUGCCUGCACACAGGGGAAUGUUGGAUGCCAUGGAGCUUCCACAGGGAUGGGCAGUGCUCAGUACUGCCUCUUUUCCCUUUCAGAAACAGAACCUACAAUUCCUCUUUCAAAUGUCACAUCUUUGUUCCCACUAGAGCCUGCUGGUUCCCUGCAGGUAGCGGUCAUGUGGCUGCGGCCUGGGCUGUACCCCACUCCCAUUCAGCAUGGGAGGGAUGUGGGGAGCUGAGGCCUCUCUUGGGCUCUGCAGUGCCAACUCCAGGGAGCUGAGGUCUGCCCACGUUUUGGGGUGCAGGGAGUGGAGGUGGGUUGGGGCCGGAAAGGACACUCAGCUCUCUGGGAAGGGAAGAGGGUAGAGGUAAAAAUAACCCCUGGGCUGGCUCUGGUCCCUGUGGCUUCCUGCAAUUUACAGCCCUUCCCGGGGAAGGGGAGGCAGGAACCUGCCUGGAUCCGAGCUCACUUUGACCCUUUCACCGCUGACAGAAGGUACUGGAAGGACCUCGCUUUGCCCCAUUCCUGUGGGCUUAGGCAGGACCCUGAGGAAGGGGAUUACAGUGCCAGGUAAUCAUUGCCCUGUUCCUGAUGCCCCUGGUGUGUGUGGGGUCAGACACAGCGGGCUCCUCUGGGGGGAGGCAGACAAUGCUGCUAUAGCCUCAAGGGUCAAAGGGAUGGAGGGAAGCCUGUCCCAGAGCCAGGAUCUUGGCUGUGAUCCCAUAGGAAGAGCUGGGAGAUGGAGCCCAUGGCUGAGAGGAAGUCUGGGGGUGUAAAGGUUGCAGGGACUGAGGGCUCAGUGCUGGCAGGGUGCUGGCACAGAGCAGGAUGUGCUGAUAGGGCUGGGCUGGCAGGGGUUAAUGGGGUGGCUCUUCCUCCCUCUCUAUAUGAGGCUCCUGCGGCUCUGGGCUCAGUUUGCUGCUGGCUGCUGGAGGAAACAGGAGCAGAGGAGACCAACCAGCACCCUGCACAGGCCCAGGACAGCGGCUGAGCGCAGAAGCUGAGCGCAGCUUUGGGUUCCCCAUCCCACGCAGGGUUGGCUGGCAGGCGAUGGUCCCACUCGGCAGCACCCCCCGAGCCGUCUGCACUUCUGGCCGCGGCGUCUCCCCGCUGCGUUUGCUGAACCGGGGUCCCGAGUAUCUGCGGGAGCAGCUGGGGGGGGGCAGCGGUGGCCGCACACCCAGCGCCGUGGAGCGGCUGGAAGCAGACAAAGUGAAAUACGUCAAAUCGCAGCAGGUCAUCAACAGCCGACAGGAGCCGGCACUGCGAGGCUGCUCGCCCUGCUGCUCGCCCCGCGGCCGGCGAUUGCUCGCCCUGCAGCAGCGCCACGAGUUCUGCCACGGCUCCGAUCUGAGCUGUGAAGGCAGCCGCAAGGUGCCCGGUCCUUCGUCCCCUGUGCCGCGGAGGGGAGGCGGCGGCAGGCGUCUGCUGAGACCCGACUCGCUCGUCAUUUACCGGCAGAAGCGGGACUGCCCAGCGAUCAACAAGGAGAACACCAAGAGCUACGGGCUGGUGCGACGCCUCUUCCAGGGGCCGCUCAGGGACAAAGCCCCCAGCUCUCCCCCGGCCCAAGGGUCGGAUAAAGCCCCCGAGAGCCCCAUGCUGUGGGUGUCCAUGGAGCAAGCAGAAGAUGUGCAGACGCCGGGAGCCGGCAGCGGCAGCAGCAGCAUCGUCCCAGUGCCUGACAGCCCCGUGCCGCAGCCCCCACAAACCCCCAGCCUGGCCCAGCCUCCCGCCUCCCCCAGCCCCAGCAAACCGGCACUUGGCCUGCGUCUGUCCCUGCCGCUUUCGGAGAAGGAGCGGUUCUUCAAUUACUGUGGGCUGGACCGGGCCAUGGUGGAAGGGCUGGGGAAGGAGCGGUUUGUGCCAGCGGGAUGGGAUGCUGCCUCAGCACGGCUCCACAGCUCCUGUGAGUGGGAGCCCAGCCAGGCCUCGGGGUGCAGCGGGGAGGACGUGGGGCCAGGUGAGGAGGAGCCGGACACAAGGCUCUGCUCCGCCAUUUCGGUGGUGGAGCGCAAUGCCCGUGUCAUCAAAUGGCUCUAUGGCUGCCAGCGAGCUUGGGCGGCCGCCAAGGAAUCCACAGUCUGAAAGGAAGCACCCCAGCCAGCCAUGCGUGGGUCUAGGUGGAUGGAUGACACGGCCCCUUGCUCUUGCUGGAUGUGGUCUGGGGACUGGCAGCACCCUGACACGACGGUGCUGCCUGCAGGCCAGCAGGGACACCAAGUAUACUCUGAGCAGAGACAAGGUCUGCUCACAGAAGGGACAACUGCUCUACCCCUUGGAUAUGCAGCCCACCAAUAGCUGCUUUUUGAGGUGUAGGUGCAUGGCUGAGUGUGGUGGGGUGCCCAGGGACCUUCUUUGGGUGAGUCCAGCCUCAGCCACGGUGGCUGGAAGGCUGCUGUUCCUUGCUGGGUCCCUACCUCUUGGUCCUCCCUGUUUCUGGUUGUGGUCUAGGAUGGCAGCCUUCUCAGCCUCAAUGGGAAAAGGGCUGCUAGGAUGGGAGCAGGACUCUAAUAAACAAACCUGUGGUUUUCUUCUA